AUGGCUCCAACACUCUCCACCGUCCAAUUCGCAAACCCAGCUGAAGUAACAGAAUUCGUCGUCAACAAAGGCAACGGCGUCAAGGGUUUAUCAGAAACAGGAAUCAAAGCUCUUCCAGAUCAAUACAUUCAGCCAUUCGAAGAACGACUCAUCAACAAAUUCGUCAACGAAACAGACGAAGCCAUUCCUGUCAUCGACAUGUCGAACCCUGACGAGGACAAAGUCGCCGAAGCCAUCUGCGACGCCGCCGAGAAAUGGGGUUUCUUCCAGGUCAUCAACCACGGAGUUCCACUGGAAGUUCUUGACAACGUGAAAGCCGCGACUCACAGAUUCUUCAAUCUCCCUGUGGAGGAGAAGAGUAGAUUCACAAAGGAGAACUCUUUGUCCACCAAUGUUAGGUUUGGAACAAGUUUCAGCCCUCGUGCUGAGAAAGCUCUCGAGUGGAAAGAUUAUCUCAGUCUCUUCUUCGUCUCUGAUGCUGAAGCUCAACAGUUUUGGCCUGACAUCUGCAGGAAUGAAGCGUUGGAGUAUAUGAACAAGUCAAAGACAAUGGUGAGGAAGCUUUUGGAGUAUUUGGGGAAGAAUCUGAAUGUGAAAGAGCUAGACGAGACGAAAGAGUCACUCUUCAUGGGCUCGAUCAGAGUCAACCUCAACUACUACCCGAUCUGUCCUAACCCGGACCUAACCGUUGGAGUUGGACGUCACUCAGACGUCUCUGCACUCACCAUUCUCUUGCAAGACCAGAUCGGCGGCCUCCACGUGCGUUCUCUGUCUUCAGGGAACUGGGUUCACGUGCCACCGGUCCCAGGAUCUUUCGUGAUCAACAUCGGAGACGCGAUGCAGAUCAUGAGCAACGGUCGGUACAAGAGCGUGGAGCAUCGUGUCUUAGCCAACGGUAGCAACAACAGAAUCUCUGUUCCUAUCUUUGUCAACCCUAAACCGGAGUCUGUGAUUGGUCCUCUCCCUGAGGUCACCGCAAACGGAGAGGAACCCAUUUACAGAGAUGUCGUCUACUCUGAUUACGUCAGGUACUUCUUCAAGAAGGCACACGACGGAAAGAAAACCGUCGAUUUCGCCAAGAUAUGA